ACAGUUGGUUUCUUGUAUGCCACGGCCAGCUGUUGAAAACAAGGUCACUACUUUGUCUGUCGAACUUCGUUAACCCUUUUGCCGGCACGCGGACCUCGUUGUUACAUAGACCACAAUCGCCGCUUUGGCUCCUCCGCAUCUCACACAAUGGAUUCUUCCCACCACCGGAUACGGUGCAUGUUAGCAUUUUUCACGAUUUUACUUGCAAGAACGAGCGCUGCCAUCAUCGAUCUACAGUGGGACGUUGCAAGUGACAACACUCGCGGACCUUCACCCGCUGCUCAGCCGGUUAUAACCAUUAAUGGUAAGUUUCCGGGACCUCUUAUCAAUGCCACAACCAACGAUAUUGUCAGAGUAAACGUCUUCAACAAUUUAGACGAACCCAUGCUUUUCACUUGGAAUGGGAUACAACAGAGGCUUAAUUCGUGGCAAGAUGGAGUUUCUGGGACUAAUUGCGCGAUUAAACCAGGCACUAACUGGACUUACGCGUUUGUUGUAAAAGACCAGAUCGGCACUUUCACUUACUUCCCUUCUAUUAACUAUCAAAAGCUUGCCGGAGGCUUCGGACCUAUUAGGGUUAACAACCGUAUCGUCAUCAACGUUCCAUUCCCAAAGCCAGAAGCCGAAUUUGAUCUUCUCAUUGGGGACUGGUCUUUUAACGAUUACAAAGACGUUAGAUCGGGGCUUGGAGCUUCCACUGACGUUCCCGAUAUGAUGUUGAUGAACGGGAAAUCUCCUUAUGGGUAUUCAACAUCAAAACCAUAUGAAUCCUUCACUGUUACAAAAGGGAAAACGUAUCGAUUCAGAGUAUCAAACGUCGGAACCAUAUUGAGUUUCAACUUCAGAAUCGAGAAACACAAAAUGGUUGUAGUGGAAACCGAAGGCUCGUACACCAAACAAAUCACAUUGGACUCGAUUGACGUGCAUGUCGGACAGUCGUAUUCGGUUUUGGUUACAGCAGAUCAAGAUGACUCCGAUUAUUACAUUGUUGCCACUCCGAAGCUCUUCAACACUACAGACGACAGCCCACUUGUCGCUAAAGGAGUCUUGCAUUACACCAAUUCGGGUUCACCCGUUGGCGGGUCUCUCCCACCCGGUCCUGAUCCAUGGGACAUUAACUUUUCUGUCAACCAAGCAAGAUCAAUCAGAUGGAAUUUGACUGCGGGUGCUGCAAGGCCUAACCCACAAGGAACAUUUAAUGUCUCGAAUGUAACUUUAUCAGAGACAAUCAUCCUUCAUGGAUCAGAAGCCAUUAUAAACAGGGUGUAUCGCAAUGUGGUCAACAACGUUUCAUAUAUAAAUCACGUGACACCUUUGAAACUUGCUGAUUAUUACGCUAAUGGGACUGGAGUGUUCCAAGUAGGUCAUUUCCCAAUCGACUCGGUGAAACCAUUCGCAAUGUAUGGCGUUUCUGUGGUGGGUGGGGCUCACAAAGGGUGGCACGAGAUUGUUUUUCAGAACGAGCUAACCCGAAUGGAUUCCUGGCAUUUAGAUGGAUAUGGUUUUUACGUUGUCGGGUUUGGUGAUGGAGAAUGGACCCCCAAAUCACGAGAUACAUAUAACUUGUAUGAUCCGGUGGUCAGGUCCACUGUCCAGGUUUACCCUGGAGGGUGGACAACGGUGUAUGUCUUCCUAGACAACCCUGGAAUGUGGAACUUGAGAUCACAACUCUUGAAACAUUGGUAUUUAGGGCAAGAACUGUAUGUUAGGGUUCAUGAUGAUGAUCCAAACCCUGCAAAAGAAAACCCUCCACCAGAAAACCUCCUUCUAUGUGGAAUAUUCGGUGAGAUAAAAGCACCAAGUGGUGCACCAGAGCCGCAACCGGGAUGGUGAUGAGGCCAUGGCCGUUGUUCAUGUGCAUUUAUCUUGUUUUGAAAUGUAUCAUACAAUAUUCACUACUUUUUUUUAUGAGAAUAAAUAUUGAAGUUACCUUAAUACUUAUUCAAAAAUGGUAAAUUCUCGGUAAUAAUUCUUAUGUUUUUUUUUUUAAUUUCCUGAUGAUAAUAGCCAUAUGAUUAUUGAAAGAGAAAAGUUACAAUUGUUCUAGAUGAAAAGUAUGAAAGCUAAGAACAAAAAAGAGAAGAAUAAAUACUCGCUAAGACGCUAAAUCUUAAUGGGCUAAAAGCUAAAAGGCUCAUAAACAAGUGGGCUAACUACAUAUAGGCUAACAUUCCUCUUCAAACUCACAAUGCCACAACAAUAAACAUUGAGAGUUUGUCACACAAAAAAUGAAACCAGGAUGCCAACAAAGCCUUUGUAAAAAUAUCCGCAAGCUGUAAGGUUGAUGAAACAAACGGAAGGGAUAUGGUUCCGAGCUGAAAGUGAUGACGUGUGAAGUGACAAUCAAUUUCAAUAUGUCACACCCCCAAAUCAGAAUGGCGGAAACGUUCGGGGCGGAGGAUG